AGGCAGAGAGGCACAGCAUAUGAUCAGAGGAACAUUCAAGCUGAGGUUCCAUUUGGGGGUGGAUCCGUCAUGGUGUGGGGGUGUUGUUCCUAUGAUUGUAAACUUGACCUCAUCACAGUUCCCGGAACACUGAAUGGACAGAUGUACCAGAACUUGAUCCUGGACGGUGCUGUUGUGCCUCAUUUCGAUAACCAUGCUCUCGCCACACGUCCAGUCUUCAUGGACGAUAAUGCCAGACCACAUCGUGCUCGAGCUGUUGUUCAGCAUCUCCAACACAACGCCAUUGAGACACUACCAUGGCCUGCCAGAAGUCCAGACCUAAAUCCUAUUGAGCAUUUGUGGGACAUUUUGGGACGUAGGGUGAGAGCAAGGGAUCCUCCAGUUCAGAACCUUUAGGAAUUGACCCAUGCAUUGCAUGAUGAGUGGCAGCAGAUCCCUCAACAGAGCAUCAGACGUCUGGUGACAAGCAUGAGAAGGCAUGUAGAACAUGUUAUCCAAGUGCGAGGCGGUUACACCAGAUACUGAGUUAGCCAGUCAUUGUGGACCUUACUAGUGUGUUUGACAUUAAUGAAAUGUGAACUGUGUUGUGUGUCUGUUGUAACGACCCCGGCAGCCAUACUUAUUUCACCGUAUUUUACGGUGAUUUUAGUGAACUUUACUUUGCUACAAUUAAACCCUCAUUUAGUGCUCAAAUUCGGUCUUGUGUUGUAAAUUUUCUGACUGAACGCUCACAUGAGGCCAUAUAAACAGUUUAAUGUGCUUUUCUAAACACCAUUUUUAUGAGGCUGAAGAUCCAGUUUUACUUAGUGAACAAAAUUGGGUGGUGCGAUAUUUAUGACGAGGUGUAUAGUUGAACAUGUUUUUGUUGUACCACAUUAUCAAUGAUGUAAUCAUCAAUUCCAAAAAUGAACCAAAAACAAGAAAACUACAUGUAUUUCAUGUAUAAAUUUAUAAAUCGCCAAUAACAAAUACGAUUUGCCAAACUAAUAAAUUAUUUCUACUGGCCGAAGCAUUCCAAGUAUGGCAUUCGAAACACAUUGGUAUUCCCAAUUUUUUUAUGGGAUGGGACUCUUUUAUUUUAUUUUUGUUUUCAGUGCAUUUUUCUGACGUGCCUCUUUCGUAAUUUUGACAAUUUGAUUGGAUUCUAAACUCAAGGACUAAAUGUAAUUCAUGCAUGAAUUUCAGGCACAUUUCAAUAUUAAUAUAUAUUUUUAAUUGUAAUUAAAAAUUGCAUCGCAAUUGUUUGCAACAAAAAAAUGCAUUUGAGUAGUAAACCAUAAUAUUUGUCUCACAUUUUGCGACGCGAUACCGCUUAUUUCGCGCCCUGAUACUGAUAAUGAUUAUACAUAUUACACAUACAUGUAUAUUUUAUUGGUUUCAUUUUCAGUGUGAAUAGCCUUUUGAGCUAUCAGUAUGUGAGAAAUCCAUCUUUUUGAUGUCAAGACAUGCCAAAUGAACAAUGGCACACUAGGAAACAAUCCGCAUACUAUAGAAUCUUUACUACAAGUUGGCCAAUCCAUAUAGUGGCAUAAAUUUACACAGAUGAAUAAUCAACAUGGUUUACAAUGUCAUUCAAAUCCUUGUACUUGGUCAUUGUCUUCAAUAAAAGUUACAAAGAUUUAUACAUGUAAGCAGGCUGGUUGUGAGAAGCAGACAUCGAUUACAAAGACAUACAAUUAUAAGAGUAACUGUACCAAGAAAUCUGAAGCAGAUCUCCAAAUGAACAGCCCAUCUCAAAGCUCAGCUGAUGCUGUGUCUAACAGUGAAAACUUCAGUCAUGUCGAAACUCCUCUUGUAGAAAUUACUAACCAGCCAAUGUCCAAUGUGGUUAUAUUGGGAACGGGAACUGUGGAUGAUUUACAGUUAGGAAGAGAUCUGGAAAUAAAGUCUUCUGAUGAGCAAGUCGAAGAUGAAAUCAUAUACGUUGAUCAUGAGAUACUGUUAGAUUUAGACUGUGAUUCUGGUAUUAAAAAGAAAUGUCAGGAAAAAAUCAAUGAACAUUCAAAUGAUUUUACUAGGAGCCUGCCUGCUACAGCAACUGAAAUUGCUGAGUCUCGAAGAGUUAGAAAACGAAAGGCCUUCUUUGAUGAAAAUGACAAGUAUCCAUGGCCAAUGUUAGGGUACAAAUAUAAGCGCAAACUUCCCAUCAUUGAAGAGGUGUUAUGCGAGAUAUGUGGAAAACAUUAUCUGACCAAAAAGCGUCUUAAUUAUCAUAAACAGAUGCAUCACAGAGAGAAAACGUUUUCAUGCAAUAUGUGUGGGCUAAAAUAUGUACGAAAAGGAAUGCUCCUAAGUCAUCUAAAUCAAGUUAAAAGAAAAAAUCUGAAAUGUGAGAAAUGUGAUUUAUUGUUCUGCACUCGGAGAUCCCUAGGAUUACAUGAAAUGCACCACGUGGAAAGACCAGGUCCUGAUGCUGAAGUGUAUCAGUGUGAACACUGUGAUAUGUAUUUUGGCACAUGGUUGGGCUGUUUCAUGCAUGCCCGCAGACAUGUUGCUGAUGAACCUUGUCGCUGUGAGGUCUGUGGACAGCAUUUCUUAAAAAUAUAUGACUUAAAUGAACAUUUCAAGUCUCAUUCUGAAGACGAACAAAAUGAGUGGAUGGAUAAGAAAGAAAAUGUUCCAGAAUCAAAUGGUGAGGAUUCGGACCAAGCAGCUGAUAACACCUGUGAAACCUGUGGUGAACUGCUGACAACGAGAGCAUAUCAAAUGGCUCAUAGAAUUAUGCAUUCAAGUAGGAAGCCAUAUACUUGUGAGAUAUGUGGUAAAGCCUUUUGCCAUACACGUACAUUUUGUUCACACAUGCUAUCUCAUACGAAGGAACGACAGUUCAAGUGCAGUGUGUGUGGUAAAGAAUACAUUCACAAAGAACAGCUGAAGAAGCACAUGAUGAAUCACCAGGGAUACGUUGAGAAACCGUAUAAGUGUGACAUUUGCAAACAAAGAUUCCAGGUGUCCAGUAGGCUGAUCUAUCAUCUCAAAAUCCACACGGGUGAACGUCCUCACAUGUGUGAUCAGUGUGGCAAAAAGUUUCGCUUGAAAACCGGGCUACAACGGCACAUGCAGAUUCAUGGUGGUGCCAAACCUUUCAGCUGCAGUUACUGUAAUAAGCCAUUUUAUACUGCCGGUCAGAUGAAGGUUCAUGUGAGAACUCACACCGGAGAAAAACCCUUUGCGUGUCCCUACUGUGAUAAAAGGUGUGCUAUGCGUGCAAAUCUGCGUAAACAUAUGGGAGUGCAUUUUAGGGGCACAGAAUUUGACUUACCAAAAGAUGUGGGUCCAACAAUAGCUGUAUCUGUUGAGUAUUCAAGAAAUGAAAGUCAAGAUGAUCAGAUUAAUCAAGUAACCAGUAUUGAGUCAGAAUGUUCUUUAUAAGUAUUGCAAAUGAUGGUUGGCAUGUUUAGCUGUGUCAGCUAUUAACAGUCAUGAUUAUUAAACCAGUCUAGAGUCUGAAUGUUUUUGUAGCUGUUGCAAAUGAUGUUGACAUGUUGCACCGGCCUCGGUGGCGCAGUGGUUAAGCCAUCAGACUGCAGGCUGGUAGGUAUGGGGUUCAAGCCCGGUACCGGAUCCAACCCAGAGAGAGUUCUUAAAGGCUCAGUGGGUAUCUACACCCUCUUCUCUCUUACUAACCACUAACCACUAACCAACUAACCCAUUGUCCUGAGUCUGAAUAUUCAAUGAUAACCAGAACAUGACAAUGCUGAGAUCAGUGUGUUCAGCCAUUUUCAAUCAUAGAAGUACUGCUGAGGUCAGGUCAGGUCAGGUCAGAGUGUUUAACGUGUACAUUCAGAACAAGCUGUUGUAGUGCACGCCUGUCCUGGGCACAGGACAGGAAAGGGUUGGAGGGGGGACCUCCUGCACUGGCAGGUGCAAGGGAACACCAGCAGUCCGACCAUAGCCUGUAACAAGCGGAAGGAAGUACUGCUGAUGAGCUGUAAUGUGUUAUAGUAUCUAUAUCAAGUGAUGUUUGUGGUGUGUAGCUAUGUCAGCUAUUAACAAAAUCAGACAUGAAGUUAAUUGCUCAAUGAUGAACAAAUUUACAAUGUAACAGGUAUUAAGCUAUCAUAUAUUAUGCUACAUAUAACAAGUAAUCAUAUCAUGGUUGUGAUAUAUGUAAUGUUGUUAGCCAUAAGCAGAAUUAAUCUAAAAAAUAUUAUUAUAGUAACAGAUUUAAUGAUAUUUACUCAGAAUGUCCUGUUGUAAUUAUGGUAAGUGAAGGUUUUAGUUAUCUGAUAUUGACAAUUAUUAACUGAAGCAGUCGUAAAAAUAAUGACCAAACUGAUAAUGUUGCUGGUAUUGAGCCAAACAAUUUCAAAGUAAUAUGUUACUCGUUAAUGAAAGUGCUAUGUAGAUUAGUAAUUGAAGUGCCUUUUUGCAGGACUGAAACGUUUUUUGGGGCUGUUUCAGAAUUUAUCAUGUGGUGGGGGAGGGGGGCAUUUUAAAAAGAAUAUGCCCACAAAAUAAACCGUUUAAAUCAAGUUUCUAUAGGAAUAGUGAUAGACCCACCAUGAGGUAAAAUACUAUUUAUGGUGCUUCUUUUUUACACCUCAGGAGUGGGACAUUGCCCAGUGGUAAAGUGUUUGUGUAAUAUAUAGUCAGUCUAGGAUCGAUCCCCAUUGGUGGGCCCAUUGUGUAUUUGUAGUUCCUGCCAGUGCACCAUGACCGGUAU